UGACACCGUCGAAAAAUUAUCAAACCGCAAGUUGUUCCAUUCGAAUAAACACACAGUGCAAACGGUGGUGUAGUACAAAUACGAAAAUCAACAAUUUUCAAACCAUUUUCUUACUGUCCUGUUCGACAAUAACCAACAACUACAACAACAUGAAUUUAUAUCUCACUGCCACCUGUAUCCUGCUGCUGUCUGCUGGUGCAUUCGCCGAUCCCAUUAAGGAUAAUAACGUCGUCACACCGGCUAGUGGUUUUAAUAAGUGCUUGGAAGCUGAUUCUAUCUCGUGCCUUCAAUUAACGCUCUUCCGCAAAGCGAAAUCAUUCUUUGAAAACCCACAAAUCGAAGUCUUCGGCGGCGUUUCACUGAUCAAAUCCAACGAAGGACGUCAGGGUAAAUCACUUGAUGACAAUGCUGUUGCCGUUGAGGCUGCACCCAGCGUUGAGGCACGCACCAGCGAAAUGGGCACCUACUUCAUGAAUCACGCCAAGAACUUCUUCGCUGAACGCUCACUGAACUUCAACUUUGCCAAUGCCGCACGCUCGGUAGCACGUGCCAUUCCCGAUGACAUCAAGGCCGAUUUGCGUGAAUUGGUUGUGGAAUCCCGUACCAAGAAGAAGAAGUUGUUGAAAAAAUUCUUGCCAAUCUUGUUGGGUGUCGGUGCUAAGGUCGCUGUUUUGGGUGUCGGUGCUAUCUUCGGUCUGCUCUUCUUGGCCAAGAAGGCGCUCGUUGUCUCUGUCAUUGCUUUCUUCUUGGCCUUGGCUGCUGGCGCUUCAAGUGGUCUGAGCCGUUUGGGCGGCGGCGGCGGUGGUCUGCUCGGCGGUCUUGGUGGAUUAUUCGGUGGCAAGAACUCCGGCAGUGCCAGCUCCAGCUCUGGUGGUUGGUCAUCCGGUGGUGGCUCCUCAGGUGGCUGGUCAUCCGGCGGCAACUCCGGCUGGGACUCCCAUGGUGCCUACAGCUCACCAGUUGCGCAAACAAUCGCCUACUCUGGUUACAAGCAAGCCAGACGAUAAGUACACAGCAUGGAAGUUGAAGCGCAUUUUGCUAGCAUAAAAGCUACUGCGCUGAAAAGCCAAAACAACACUUAGGGUAAUGUAAACAAACAAACUACAAAAUAUAAACUACAAAAAACAAAAAAACGAGAUAUAACCAAUACACGCAUAAAAAUAACAAAAAUCCGCAUGGAAUAGCUGUCGACGCAGUGAUAUUGCUCGGAAGGAAACCCGUAACGAGUAACAGCAUUCAGCGGCACACGAACUGCAACGAAUUAAUAACACAAAACUUUAUUUAUUAUUAAUUUAUUUUAAUUUAUUUAUUAUCGCAUAUAUAUAUUUUGUAAUGUAUGUAAUGAAAUGUAAAAGGACAAAAAGGACGAAAGACGAUUGGAACAACCGAACACAAAAACGAAUCUUCAUGUGCCUGAGGCAGUAAAGAGUUGGUCAAGAAGUGAGGGGAUUGUGCAUACGUACAUAUAUUAACAAACAGCUAUAUGGUACCAACGUAUCGCUCCAGCUCACUUCAUUCUUCACACACUACUGACCUUCAUACUCUUUCAUCCAUCUAAUUUCAUGAUUUAAUUAUUAAGCGAAAUAUUCUUAUGUACUUGCAACUAUGCGAUUGCUUGUUGCUUUGUAAAUGCGUAUUGCGCAAGCACAUUUUUGCAUCUUGUUGUUGCUGUUGGUAAUAUGCAUUAUUACAACACAUCAAGUUCACCACGAGGAGGCUAUUCAGACACACACACGUACAAACAACUACAUGUGUAAGAACGUGAAGACAAAGGGAAAGUGCAGCAGCACAACAGACAACUCACUUCAUCAAUUGCAACAAAAACACAACAAUACGCACAUAAUUCAUUAAUUUGGCGCUUACACAUCGUACGGACACCACGCAUGUAACUACUAGUCAGCUGAUUGUGCAACUUGCAACUAAUGAACAAUGCAAAAUUAAGCGAAAUUAAAUCAUUCCAACAUCACUCUACUCUAUCACUAUUUUCACCUAUUUACUCCUACAUUUCACUUUUUCCACUACUCUUUUGUCUAUUGUAAUUAUUUUCUCAAUUUAACUCAUACUUUAUCACUACUGUAUCUACUAUCGAUCUACUAUGUUAUCUUAAAAACUUCCUCUGUACUUUUCUUACUAUCUAUCUAUCUAUCUAUCUGUAUUUUUUCUAACUAUCUAAACUAUACUCAUGCACUGUGCUUAGCAAUUUAUUUUACUGCACUAUCACUACUCUACUAUCUUUACUCUAUACUAUGUAUUUCUACUAUCUCUUUAACUAUCUCUGUCAACUGUUUACUGCCCGCUAUUGAAAAAGAACCACCAACUGAAAAAAUCCUUACAAAAAACUACAUAUACAGAAGAAUGAAUAAUAAUUCAUGUAAAAAUUUAAAAAAAAAAAACACAUUUUCUUUUCUUUAAUAUAUUAGAUUACUUCCGAACGCAUCAUCUUACAGCUUAUACAAACAAAUCUGAAAUCGUUAGCUACUAAACUCUGAUUAAUAAUAUAAAGAGUCUUCCAACUUAUCUUACAUUUUCUGUUCCAUACUAACACUUUUAGUAACUCUGCAUACUCUCUCUUAAACACUAUCCCACCUUCAGCUAUAUUUCCGCCAAAUCCAACCAAUUUCAUCAUAAUAUUUCAUCACACUCUUUUUGUUUCUCUCCCAGAGCUCCAAAUUCGUAUUUUACAUUCUAAAUUAUUACCACUUUUUAUUUCGGUACCUUCUAGUAAAGCCCACUUUAUAUUAUCGAAAAUCAUUUUUGCAUUAAUCACAAAGCAUUUUCCCACUUCAUCAUGAUUUAAUUGAGUAUAUUUAUUUUAAAACCUUAAAGCUGAUUAAUUGUAAUUUCAUGCAACGUUGAAUUUGUGCUCAGUGUUUGCCCUUAACAUUUCAAAUUUGAUUUCACACCUCAUCAUCACAUCAAUUGUCACUUCAGUGCACUUUUUCUCACGUUUGAAUACAUUUCAUUUCUUGUGUCAGUAAUCCGCAUUAAAAUGCAUUCAUAACUUUCUUUAACUUUUUAACUGAAAAUCGUUUUCGUGCCCAGACUUUACUAAUUUUCGCUCUCAUUGUCACGAAGGUUCAGUUACCUUCUCUUUGCGCGCUCUUCGCUUUACUCAUAUAUUUUCAUUUACUUCAUAAUUUUCAUCUGCAUAAAAUAUUUGGAAGUAUCUGUCUGUCAAAGACCGUUAUAAUUUUCAUACUCUUCGCGUUUCGCGUUUUCGUGCUUGCAAAUGUAAAUAUGUAUUAAAUUGAGCCAGUUGGUUCACAAAGAUUUAUAUUUAAUCUUAUAUUUCACUGAAAUUGCAAAAUUCGUUAAUUGUGACAAUUUCUCGAAAUAUUUAGCAUCAAAACAUUAAAUAUCAUGGCAUCACCUGAUCGGCAUUAAACAAAACCAUAAAAUCAAAAACUUAAAAGCAAAUGCAAAUUUCAGUAUAUCACUAUCUAUCUGUGGCCACCUAUAUUCAACUCAAUUGCCGAAUUGUCUAUGUGAAGAUUUGAAAAUUUAACUACAAUAUUUUGGGCUUUCCCUCUUCGCAGCACAUUGAAAAUCACAGCACAGCGUCUUCCAACGUACACUUUCAUUCUUAAGCACUUGCUAUGCAUUUUGCAGCACACGUACAAAUUCCUCAGUUUAUUAGCAUCAAAGAAAUCAGUCAAUUAAUGGUCGAUUAGGUUUGAAAAGCACAAAGCAAUUUUCGCCACAUACAUACACGCAGCCAUACAUGAGUACAGAGCACAAGCGGAAUUUGGCACAUUUGAAAUCAAUUUCACUCACACUAAUUUGCCUUAUUUAAACUAUUCAUACACUUUCCUUUGAAAUCAUUAAGUAUAAAAGAAGUAUAUGAAACCAUGGCGCUCAGCACACCUACACACCUCACUGGCCCACUUUUGUCACAACACUUGCAUGCUAAUCAAUUUACGCUCAAAUUUCAUUUGCGCAAUUCUACGUAAACUUUAUGCUGAUUUCGAUCAUCUAUGUGGUCAUUUGUUAUUCAAAGAAGUCAUCAAAAAUGAACAAAACUCACUAAAUCAUCACUAUUCAAAUUUACUCGCAGAAAUCGUUAAGCAUUUUCUUUGCUACUACCGUUCACCUCCUCUCCAAUCUCCACUACAUUUUGGAGUUCUUCUGCUCUUAUUCUUCUCUUUCACCUUAUUUGUGUUUUUGCAAUCAAAAAAUGUUUGCACAUUUCCCAUUCAACUGUCA